UCUUCUUGUGUUUUGCCAUUUAUGUUUACAUCCAUUACUGAGCGAGAUAAGAGAAAAGAAAUUCGAGGGGGCACAGAUUACGGAUAUUGAUAUUAAAUUUUAGAUUAAACAAUCCAAAAUUUGCUAGACCUUAAAACAGCUAUAACAGUAAUCUACUCGGCCAGACCGGACAUUUUAACACGCACAGGGUUGUCAUGACAACAGAGAGAAAAGAAGGAAUCGCGCGCAAGCAAAGGCCCGUGAAGAAUUAACUGGUCAUGGCAGCACUGGAAAGUCUGAGACCAGGAGGAGGAGGGGGCGGUUUGGGUCCCCGAGGCUUAAGUGGAGAUGAAGAAGAGGAGGAAGAUUCACCUGUUGUUUUGCUGAGUGUUUUAGCGCAGAACAGACAGGUGGGCCUCUGCUUCUAUGAUAGUAAGGACUCGUCUUUGCACUACAUGACAGACACUCCUGACAACUACGAGCUCCACCUGCUGGCCAGAGUCAUCCAGGAGGUUAGUCCCCAUGUCAUAAUUACCAGUGCAAAGCAGGAGCGCUGCAUGACACGUUUCCUGCAACAACUUGAUUCAAACCCAGACUACAGACCAGAGGUGGUUACUUAUCCAUAUCUUGAGUUUGGUCUGGAGGUCAGUAAGCAGAGACUACUUUCUGCCCAUCUGCCAUUUCUUCCUGCCUUCAUUUCAGAGAGGGACAAAAUGUCCUACCUUUCCUCCUGUAUCUCCUUUGACUCUCCCCUGAUGCUGAGGGCAGUGGGUGCUCUGCUGAAAUGCCUGGACAGGAGGAGAGUGGGAGUGGAGCUGGAAGACAGCAGUGUUGGAGUUCCUAUCCUGCACUUUCACGCCUACACGCUUAAAGGUGUUAUUUGCAUCGACCGAGACACCUACAGUGUACUGCAGAUCUUCAAAUCAGAACCUCAUCCAUCAGUGUACAAACUGCAUUCAGGUGAAAAGGAAGGACUCAGUCUUUAUGGGAUACUGAACCGCUGUAGAUGCAAGUUUGGGUCCAAACUACUUCGCCAGUGGUUCUCGCGGCCAACGCAGGACCUGGCUGUGUUACAUAGGAGACAGGAAGUGAUACGUUUCUUCACGUCACCACGAAACUCAGACGCCCUCAGCACCCUGCAGUCUUUAUUACGCAACAUCAGUAACAUACCAACUCUUCUGCGCAGGAUGUGCCUCUCCCACACCAAAGUGACCAACUGGCAGAGUCUCUACAAGACGGUGUACAGUGCAGUGUGUAUCAGGGACACGGUGCGACACCUGCCUCAGUCCAUUCAGCUCUUUUGUGAUAUCAGUGAAGGGUUCUCUGAUGACCUCCAGUAUAUUGCCUCCCUCAUCAACCGAGUUGUGGAUUUUGAAACCAGCAUAGCUGAGAACCAUUUCACCAUCAAACCAAAUGUGGACCCAGUAGUUGAUGAGAAAAAGAGGAGGAUGAUGGGGUUGUCUGACUUCCUGACAGAUGUAGCCAGAAGAGAGCUGGAAUACCUGGAUGCUCGCAUCCCCUCGUGUUGUGUCAUCUACAUCCCUCUGAUUGGAUUCCUGCUCUCUGUCCCUCGCCUGCCCAGCAUGGUGGUGAAAGAGGAUUUUGAGAUGGAGGGACUUGAUUUUAUGUUUCUGUCAGAUGACCGCCUGCACUACCGCAGCCAGAGAACCAGGGAGCUAGAUGACCUAAUAGGAGACUUGCACUGUGACAUCAGAGACCUGGAGACAGCAAUUAUGACACAGUUGCAGAACACAAUCCUCGAGAGAAGCGCCUCCCUCUACAAGGUUCUGGAUCUCAUUGCUGAGCUGGACUGUCUGAUGGCUUUGAGCAGUGCUUCCCAAGAGUACGGCUACACUUCACCCAAACUAUCCAACCACAGGAGGAUAACAAUCACACAGGGCAGACAUCCGUUGCUAGAGCUGUGCUCUCCUGUGUUUGUAGCCAACACCUUUCAGAGCUCAGAAUCACAGGACAGAGUCAAGGUCAUUACUGGCCCAAACUCAUCUGGAAAGAGUAUCUACCUCAAACAGGUGGGUCUAAUUGUGUUCAUGGCGCUGAUUGGCUCAGAUGUGCCUGCGAAGGAGGCAGAGAUCGGUCUGGUGGAUGGGAUCUUUACCCGCAUGCAGAGCAGAGAGUCUGUGUCUGUGGGCCUCAGCACCUUCAUGAUAGACCUCAGCCAGAUGGCCCAUGCUCUCAACAGCAGUACUGGCAACUCAUUAGUUCUCAUCGAUGAAUUUGGAAAAGGAACUAACACCGUGGAUGGAUUGUCCCUGCUGGCAGCAUCAAUCUCUCAUUGGCUGAGAAAAGCUCCGGUGGAUGUACCUCACGUCCUGUUGGCAACUAACUUCCACAGUUUACUGCGGCUGGAUCUGCUACCCUCCUCUGGCAUGCUGUCUCUUCUGACUCUAGAGACAGCAGUGGACGGGAAUGAGUUGGUGUUUCUGUACCAGCUGAAAGAAGGAAUCUGCCAGUCCAGCUAUGCUGCCAACAUCGCUACACUAGCCAGCCUGCCAACCAGCCUUGUACAGAGAGGAGUGGAGGUGUCUGAACUGUACAGGACAGGAAGGUCCAUCAAACGUGUUGACAGUCCAUCUUCACACAAGCAGGCAAACAGGUGCAGGUCUGUGGUGGAGAAGUUCCUGAGCCUGGACUUGGAGGACACAGAUUUGGACCUUCAGCACUUCCUGAAAGAGGAACUCCUGCCCUCUGCUGGGGAGCUGCAGAACUGCAACUGAACUGCUCUGCUGCAGCUGCACACAUUUCUACAGCUCCGUGGUCGGGUUGUUCAUACACUAGCUAAUGUUUUCAGUGGGUUUUGGAAGAGAGUAGAUGUUCCACCUGUAGACAUACAUUUAUCUAGAUACAUGACAAGAAUUACAUUACGAUAUGACUGAAACAUACAUAUUUAACUGCAUAUGUUGUAAAGGUUAAAGCAGCUUGAAUUUUUCUUGUAUUUUGUUCUUUGUUAUACAUGAUACAGACAGAUUGGUUGGAUUCAGAUCUUUCUGAUUAUCUAGGAAGUGUUUUCUAUUUCAGUAGUCUACUGCACAGUACAAAAAAAUCUGUAAAGCUGGUGAUUUCACCAUAUGGUUGAAGUCCUUUCAGCAUCACUUCACACAGUCUUUCUCUUUUUGUUUUGACAGCAUAAAUAAAUUCAGGUUGUUUAUGA